AUGUUGUGGGAGCUUGUCCUUUUAAUCUCAUGCACAAGCAUACACUCGUUUAACGUUGACACCAAGCAUGCCGCCGUCCACUGGGGACCUCAGAAGUCUAAUUUCGGAUUUUCCGUCGCUUCUCACUUUCGUCAAGGCCGUCCAACGUGAGUUUGCAGCUUUCGAGCUCCUUCAGUUGAGCUUUUACGACACUCGCGAGGACUGUAAAUGAAACUUUUAAUUAGAUGGAACAUUCUCGUUUGGGAAGUUUACAUUUUAUAAAGAACUGCAAGCAACACUGAAGUAUUUAAAUUUUUAAAAUUAUCAUUUUCUCUGUUCCGAAAAUUCAAAAAUAAUGGUAAAUUAUUUCAAAACAUUACAUUAUACGUUUUUGCACUCAAAAAGUUUAGGGUACUAGUCGGUGCACCACGUGCAGAAUCUGGCCAAGUUGGGACAAGGGAAGCUGGGGCAGUGUACGCUUGUUCUACUGAACAGGGACUUCACACAAACUGUGAGCAGUUGAGGAUUGAGUAUGCUUCACCAGCUGAGUACAGUAGACCGCCAGGCCGUCUCGAAAAUACAGUACUACACCCUGAGGGCAAAAACCAUCAAAUGCUUGGAUUUGUGGUUCAGUCGGCAGGGACGAAGACUGGUCAAGCUAUGGUAUGAAUAAUUCGUAUAUAUUAGUAUUUGAAAAAAACCAUUUUGUGAAACGUACUUUACACUUUUGUUGUACUUUGUAAAGUGACAGCCCUAAGUUGUUUCAAUAACAUUAAUUAUUUAUAUUCAGACUUGUGCUCCGUUGUUACGAACGAGCAGCAAUGCGUACACAGAUGGCAUCUGUUAUUUACUGAACAACGACUUGAACCAUUCGAGUGUCAUUAACACUUGUCACCCUCUGCCCAAAAAAGACCGUCAUAAUGACUAUGGAGCUUGUGAACAGGGAUUCUCGGGUUACCUUGAUGAUGUAAGUUUUUACAAAAGUACAUUUUAUAAGUAAAACUAGGGUCUUCAAAGAAUUAUAUAAUUUUGUACUUUUUUUGUAAAACAGUUCAAUAACUAGUUGUAUACAGUGGAACUCCUGUAUAACGAAACUCCCGUAUAAUGAACAACUUUUGAAUCCCCGUCUGGCACCCAGUGCAUUUAAAACUCUUGUAUAACGAAACUCCUUUAUAACAAACAAAUUUCAAGUCCCCGAGCAAUUCGUUAUACAGGAGUUCUACUGUACUUUUAAUCGCUUAAAACCCGCUUAAAACAUAAACCUAUCAUUGCAAGUUUCCGAAAAUUUAAAUUAUUUUAAAUUUAAAAUCAAUUAAUUUCAGAAGGUGAUCCUCACUGGUCUACCUGGAGCUCGUAAAUGGACUGGAGGUGUGUUUGGGAGGUACGUCUACUCGGUAGAUGGAUUCACGGACUCUGUGGAUCGCUACACAAUGGAGGUGAGCAAGGAGAACGAUGGAAUCAUCAACAUCCUGGCCUCCCACGAUUACUUGGGGUACUCCGUGAGAUACGGAGCAUUCGGAUUCCCUUACGAAACCAAAGACAGAAACAACUUCACCGUGGUCAGUGGAGCGACACGGUACGGUCAGACGGGCGCCGUCAUCUUCCUACCUUUCUAUGGUAGCUCACGGCCUGGCGAUGAGAAGCUUCUAGGCUUGGACAAAAGCCGGUCCAAGUUAGAUGGACAUCAACUCGGCUCUGGGUUCGGGUAUCAGGUGGAAGUGCUGGAUCUUAACAAAGAUGGGUAGGUCACAAUAUUUUUGUAAUAAAUCACAAAACAUCACCUUCUUUACUUUCAUAUUUUAGUUUCGACGACCUUAUUGUAAGUGCUCCAUUCGAGUUUCACUUCGAAGAAGACUUGGAGUACGGUGGAGCAGUAUACGUCUACUACUCGAAAGGGAGGAAGGUGAAUCUCGGACAAGAGUACGAUGUCUUCCACGAACCAAUCAUUCUACGAGGUCCAGGUCUCCAUUCUCAGUUUGGUUUGAGUUUGACUAGUUUAGGCGAUAUCGACCGAGAUGCGUCCCAUUACGAUGACUUUGCUGUUGGCGCUCCGUUUGCCGAUCACGGUCACGGCGCCGUCUACAUCUUCCACGGACAAGAGUACGACAACUUCGACAAAGAGCCAAGCCAGGUAAUCCUGGGCAGUGAGGUCGAGAGUCUGACGCGGAAGAAGCUAAAGACCUUUGGCUCUUCUGUCAGCGGAAAGGUGGACCUUGACGGAAAUGGAUUCCCUGACAUUGCAGUAGGGGCGUUUGCUUCUGACACGUCGUUUGUCUUCAAAAGUCGACCGGUCGUAGAUGUGGAGCUCGAUGCUUCCUUCGCCCAGAAAUACAUCAAGAUUCACGAUGGUUGGAACUGUCCUCGAGGAGCCAAGACGUGUUUCGAACUAACGACAACAUUGACGACCUUGGACAACAACAACGUCAAAGACUCUAUUGAUUUAAGUAGAGAUUCCUAUACCUGCACUUUGAAGGUGGUAUCUAACGGCAAAGGUGCCUCGCGAGCGUUCUUUGUCAAGACAAAAACAGCCGAAUACUCUUGGCCAUGUGGCCGAGGUUCUCUUGGCUAUCAACAAAGACUGGCACACCAAGUCUACAUUCCUGACACAAACCAGGACUGGGUCACUCCAGUCAAGUUCAACUUCACAGUAGCCAUUCCAAAUACCGUAUCUCGUACUAUCACGCCAGUCAUCAGAAACAAACGUGCUAUCAAACUGUUUGAAUCAUCGUUUGACAAGCAGUGUGGAGAAGAUAACGAUUGCUACACUGACAUAUCAGUCCGACCUAUUCUGCUCAACAUGACGUGAGUACUUUAACAUAUUCGUUAACCAUUUUGAAGUUUUGUAAGAUUACUGCGUAGUAAGAUUAUCAUAACGACAUAAUUUUUCAGAAGAACAGCUAACGGAACCUACUCUUCCAAAGUGACGGAACGAGACUCCAUCAACAUCAGAUUCCUAAUCGAGAACAAACGAGAACGAGCCUACUUGGCCCAGCUGUUCGUCUUCUACAAUCAGGAUGAACUAGACGAACCUCGGCUUUCGAAGAACGUUGACGGCGUCGACAUCGUGAAGAAAGAACACGGUAUAGCCGUUCUGUCAUUGGGAAAUCCGCUAGAAGAAGACAAGACCUUCAACUUCGACCUCGGCUUCCAUUUGGUCAGAGGAACGUCAGAAAGAAUCAGCACGGAGCUGAUCUUCAAGGUGCUGGCUAAUAGUACGUCUAUCGAAGAGUACCCCAUGGACAACGAAUGGAGUGCCGAAGUCAAAUUGAUCAAGGAAGCAGACCUCGAGCUGGUCGGAGUCUCGAAACCGUCCAUCGUACGAUUCGCUAAGGGAACUUAUCGACCAAGAUACGAAGAAGACAUUGGAUCCGAAGUCAUUCACACUUACACCGUCAUGAAUCACGGACCUUUCUACGCCAAGAACGUUACCGUCACGGUAUGUUUCUGCAAUUGACAUUGAGUAUUUAAACUGACAGGAUCAAUAGUUCCUGCAGACAAACAAUAUUCUUCGGUUAUUAUAAUGUAAACUAAAAAUUACAAUAUAAAUCAUUCUUUAGAUCAACUGGCCAUUGAAACUAAACUCCAAAGACGAAGAAUGGGUACUCUACACUCUCGAAGACCCAGUAAUACGAUACAAGGGAGAGAUACGGACCUGCAAUGUGGACAAGAACCUAAAAGCAAUCAAUCCACGAGAGAUUUACAUGGAUGAAACGCUGAAGCUGGGCUACAGUGCCACGUACGGGUUACUAAAGACUGGCCAUAGAAACAAAAGACAGGUUUCAGAAGUUAGAUCUGAAGAAGUUCACGAUGAAAGUGUGCACUUGACUUCGUCCAUCUUUGACAGUAAAUAUAUAAAGACCAAAGACGUCACCGAGUUCUCAGGAGCUACCGUCAAGAUUGUCGACAUUGUAAGUCCACCAAAUCAAACAUCUAUUUAAAACAGUCAUUGUACUUCUAAACUGAACCUUUUAGAAUUGCAAGGACGAAUCCGCCAUCUGUUAUCCAUUAACCUGCCAUUUCGACUAUAUAGGCACCGACGAGUCCGCCCUAAUUGAAAUACGAUCUCGACUCUGGAAUCACACCUUCAGCAGUGACUUCCAGCGCAUCGAAUACGUUGCCAUAACCUCUAGCGGGGUAGUAGAAGUAGAUCCUAAACAAGGAAUAUUAGAAGACAUGACAAACAACUUUGCUCAAGCCAUUACUCAUGCAUAUCCGGACAGGCCUUCGCAGCAGGACAAGCUCAACAUCUGGAUAUUGUUGUUGGCCGUGUUAGUGGGUCUGGUGCUUCUGACAAUCCUAAUCCUCAUUUGCUACAAGUGUGGAUUCUUUAAGCGGAAAAGGCCCGACCGACACAUGCUACACCGUGCACAGCUACAACAUGAGAGAUACGGCUAG